AUGCAUGCGCCUUCACCAGCGCUACUCCGGAUGCCACUCUUCUCGGCACGCUCCGGUGUAAUGAAGCAAUUCGAUGCUCCUGAGUCGAACAAACGUGGGACUCAAAACCGCCCACUAACAAGACUGAAAAUUCCGCUCCAAUCUCUGACGCCACUUAUCUACCACCUCUGGGCUAACUCCGCCUUCAAAGUACGGCGUACCAAUCCUCUGCAUGUACCCCAUCCUAUCCAAAUAGGACGGCACCAUAAAAUCCCGCAGCCUUCUGCUGCACCUCUUCCACUGGAGGUACUCCCCGAGCCCCCUGUGGAACCACUGACGGAAAACGAGCCAAUAGUUGCGUCAGUAAACGCACCACCAAAUCAUCUCGACCCGGAGCCGGAGCACCGUCCCCACCCCGAACAGCCCCCGCUCCCAAACCAAACUGCAUCAAAACUGGCCUCACUCGCCACGCAGUCGCCACACUCGGCGCUGCACUCUCUUCCGAAUCCGCUGGAAGUCCACGACCUCGACCCUGGCCUCAACGGCCUCUAG